AUGAGUGUCGACGCAUAUGGACCUAGUUCUCAAACGUUAACGUUUUUGGAUACCGAAGAAGCAGAUCUUAUCGGUGCUGAUACCCAGGGCUCUGAGUUUGAAUUUACAGAUUUUACAUUGCCUUCUCAAAGUCAAACUCAGGCUUCACAACACGAUCACGGACUGAAUACAUCCAAUCAGGUAAAUGGAUUAGGGCGCCUCGAUCUUAAUUCGAAGGUUUCAAAUGUUGCUAACGCUAUUGCGGAAUUACAAUUUGAAGAAGAAGAUGAGGCAUUAUAUGGGAGUAAGGAGCUACCUGAACACGCAUGCAAAUAUUGCGGUAUUCAUGACCCUGCUACUGUUGUUAUGUGUAAUAUAUGCAAUAAAUGGUUCUGCAAUGGACGUGGCAAUACAUCAGGGUCACAUAUAAUUAAUCACUUGGUAAGAGCUAAGCAUAAGGAAGCGGCAUUACAUAGAGAUGGACCACUGGGAGAAACUUUGUUAGAAUGCUACUCUUGUGGAGCUAGGAAUGUCUUUGUUCUUGGCUUCAUUCCAGCCAAAGCUGACUCUGUUGUGGUAUUACUUUGUCGGCAACCAUGUGCAGCACAAAGUUCUUUGAAAGAUAUGAAUUGGGAUCAGGAACAAUGGAAACCUUUAAUUUCUGAUCGUGCAUUCUUAUCAUGGUUAGUAAAGGUUCCAUCAGAAACUGAGCAAAUGAGAGCCCGUCAGGUUACUCCACAGCAAAUAGGCCGCCUUGAAGAGUUGUGGCGUGAUAAUGUUGACGCCACUUUCCAAGAUCUAGAGAAACCUGGCGUAGAUGAAGAGCCCCAUCAAGUUCUUCUAAGAUAUGAAGAUGGUUACCAGUACCAGAAUAUCUUUGGUCCACUGGUCAAAUUAGAGGCUGACUAUGAUAAAAGACUCAAAGAAUCCCAAACUCAAGAAGGGAUAGAAGUUCGUUGGGAUGUAGGACUAAAUAAGAAAACUAUUGCUUAUUUUACCCUUGCAAAAACGGACAGUGAUAUGAAACUUAUGCAUGGAGAUGAACUUAGGUUGAGAUAUGUUGGAGAACUGCAUAAAACUUGGUCUGGCGUUGGUCAUGUUAUUAAAGUGCCUGACAACUAUGGUGAUGAUGUUGGUCUUGAGUUGAAGAGUGGCGCAGGAGCCCCCCUUGAGUGUACCUCAAACUUUGUGGUUGAUUUUAUUUGGAAAAGUACUUCAUUUGACAGAAUGCAAUUAGCUCUUCGAAAAUUCGCCGUCGAUGACUCGUCAGUAUCUGGAUACAUAUAUCGUAGACUCCUUGGCCAUGAAGUAGAAGAAGUUCUGUUUCGUGUACACCUACCAAAACACUUUAGCGCGCCUAACUUACCUGAUCUCAAUCGCUCACAGGUAUAUGCUGUCAAACACGCACUACAACGCCCUCUAUCAUUGAUUCAAGGGCCUCCUGGCACAGGAAAGACUGUGACAUCAGCUACAAUCGUAUACCAACUUGUUAGACAAAGUGGUGGACCGGUCCUUGUUUGUGCUCCUUCCAACACUGCUGUUGAUCAACUUACUGAAAAAAUACAUAGAACGGGACUUAAAGUAGUGAGAUUAUGCGCAAAGUCACGAGAAGCUAUGGAAUCUUCUGUAUCAUUCUUGGCAUUACAUGAGCAGGCUCGUGCUUUAGGCUCUGCUGAUAGCGAAUUACGUAAAUUAACGAGGUUGAAAGAAGAAGCUGGUGAAUUAUCGGCAGCUGAUGAAAGAAGAUACCGAGCCUUACGUCGAGCAGCCGAAAGGCGUCUUCUAGACGCAGCCGAUGUAGUUUGCACAACUUGCGUUGGCGCAGGGGACCCAAGAGUAGCGCGAAUGCGUUUUCAAUCUAUUCUUAUUGAUGAAGGAAUGCAGUCUACUGAACCAGAGUGUAUGGUUCCAGUAGUGCUUGGAGCUAGACAGCUUAUUCUUGUCGGUGACCACUGCCAGCUAGGUCCAGUUGUUAUGUGCAAAAAGGCUGCAAAAGCUGGCCUAAGUCAGAGUCUUUUCGAGCGUCUAGUUGUACUUGGUAUUCGUCCUUUCCGUCUGGAAGUCCAAUAUCGCAUGCAUCCGGAACUUUCACGGUUCCCGUCUGACUUUUUCUACGAAGGUUCACUCCAAAAUGGUGUAAGCGCGGAAGAUAGAAGAUUACAUAAAAUAGAUUUCCCAUGGCCAAGGCCAGACCGACCCAUGUUCUUCUAUGUUACUCAAGGUCAAGAAGAGAUCGCUGGAUCAGGAACAUCCUACUUAAAUCGUACCGAAGCCGCAAACGUCGAAAAACUCACGACACGUUUUCUAAAGGCCGGUGUUCGUCCUGAACAAAUUGGUAUCAUUACUCCCUAUGAAGGCCAGCGAUCAUAUCUCGUUCAACAUAUGCAAUAUCAAGGAAGCCUGCAUGCUAAACUGUAUCAGGAAAUCGAAGUGGCCAGCGUCGACGCUUUCCAAGGUCGGGAGAAGGACAUAAUAAUAAUGUCAUGUGUACGUUCGAACGAACAUCAAGGAAUUGGAUUCUUGAGCGAUCCGAGGCGUUUGAACGUUGCAUUGACCCGCGCUAAGUACGGUCUCAUUGUGGUCGGUAACCCCAAGGUGUUAAGUAAGCAGCCGCUAUGGAACCAUCUGCUAGCGUUCUAUAAGGAGCGUCGCGUAUUGACUGAAGGUCCGUUAUCCAACCUUAAAGAGUCGGCUAUUCAGUUUGCAAAGCCGAAGAAGCUGGUGAACGCCCAAAAUCCCGGUUCUCAUUUCAUGUCGACGUCGAUGUUCGAUGCACGCGAGGCGAUGGUGCCUGGAUCCAUUUAUGACCGCGCCAGGCCACCUCGCGACCCGCUCGCGUACGUCGGCGCUCGCAUUGCGCCACACGCGGGCGUUCCGCCCGCCGCGUUCCCGCAACGCGCCGCUCCGCGUACGAAACGCCGGCCGCCUCGUCUCUCCCAAGAGCCGUUGUCGCAGCAGCCGCCGCUGUCGUUAUCGCAGGGCGCGUCGCAGCCGGACUUCAGUCAGGAGUCCGUGGCGCCCGACUGCCCCUCGCAGCCGGACGGGCUGCUGUCGCAAGACUCCACGUACCAGGGCGGGUUCCGCGCGCGAUGCAGCCAGUACUGA